UUUAUGUUCGUGGCUAGCUUUUUUUUCUAACUCGUAUUUAUAACCCAGAUCUAUUUGAAUAUACGUUACCGAAUGCCUGGACCAUCAUCUAUCAACAACAGCCGACACAAAUUUAUAUCAUAUUUAUUUACAGUGAUUUCAAUUUCCAACUGUCAAAUAAAACCGGGAUUAGUUCAAUUUCAGCAAUCCAAAAUCGGGCACAAGCUCAGGCAGAAUACUCUCACAGACUCUUUGGGUUUCCAAAAGCAUCGCGAGCUUAUUUCCACAAUUAUUCUACAUAGAACUGUUACUUCUUUUUACCUUAAAAAUUUUGCCAUGAUCCUCUCAGUUACUUUCAAGAACAUUGAUUUUUCUCAGAUGUCAGGUGAAGAAUAUGACAGUGAAAUGGACUACACGGAUUCCGAUUGUGGGGAUCCUGGUUAUGAGGACUAUUACAAUACCCAACCAUGGGGCAGUGAGGCAGAUAACGAUGGAGACUCAGAUCCGAACAGAAGAGAUCCAGAAUUUGCAAUACAUGAGUGUCUGCGUGUUGAAGAAGUUGAGAGACUGUUCAAUGAGAAUGUUGAAGAACUGAGUAAUAAUUUACAGAUUACGCCGUCCCUAGCCAAAGUAUUGUUGCACGCUCACGAAUGGGCACUGCAAGAUAUUGUCCUUAAAUACCGUAAUGACGCUUCCAGUCUUCUUAUUACCUCCAAAAUCAAACCCUCUCAUGCACCCAACAGUAGCUCUGUAUUAAGAGGGUCAAGAACAGGAACUUGCUCGGUUUGUGUGGACGUGUUAUCAUUGGAAAAAUUUGCCACACUCACUUGCGGGCAUUCGUUUUGUAAGGAAUGCUGGUGUAUGCACUUUGAGGUCCAAAUAAUACAGGGCAUUUCCACCGGAAUCGGUUGCAUGGCACAGGAUUGCGAAGUUCUUGUCCCAGAAGAUUUUGUGCUGUCUCUUCUCACAAAACUCACAAUGCGAGAAAGAUAUCAACAGUUUGUUUUCCGAGAUUAUGUCAAGUCUCAUCCACAGCUACGUUUUUGUCCAGGACCAAAUUGCCAGAUAGUUGUGCGCUCCAAAGAAUUAAGAGCAAAAAAAGUCAUCUGUUCCACCUGCAAAACACCAUUCUGCUUUAGAUGUGGUAUGGAUUACCAUGCGCCAACCGACUGCGGUACGAUAAAAAAAUGGCUCACGAAAUGUGCCGAUGACUCUGAGACUGCUAAUUAUAUAUGUGCUCACACCAAAGAUUGUCCAAAGUGCCACAUUUGCAUAGAAAAAAAUGGUGGUUGCAACCACAUGCAGUGUUACAACUGCAAAUAUGACUUUUGCUGGAUGUGCUUAGGCGAUUGGAAGGCACACGGUAGCGAGUACUAUGAAUGCUCACGUUAUAAAGAGAAUCCCAACAUCGCUCGUGAAAGUGUGCAUGCUCAGGCGCGAGAAGCUCUGAAAAAAUACCUACAUUAUUACGAAAGAUGGGAAAAUCACAGCAAGUCUUUAAAGCUAGAAGAGCAGACGCUCGAAGCAAUAAAGUCCCGUAUUAACAAAAAAGUUAUGAUUGCCAGCGGAACAUGGAUAGACUGGCAACAUUUGUUCGAAGCUGCUUCUCUGCUCGCUCGUUGUAGAUAUACACUCCAAUAUACUUAUCCUUAUGCAUACUUCAUGGAGGCGGGGCCAAGGAAGGCAUUGUUUGAAUAUCAGCAGGCGCAAUUAGAAGCUGAGAUAGAAAACUUAUCGUGGAAAAUAGAGCGUGCCGAAAAAACGGAUCGGGGUGAUCUUGAAAAUCAGAUGGAUAUUGCUGAGAAGCGUCGGGUGACAUUACUCAAAGAUUUCUUAGAGGUUUGACACGUUGCUGAAGUUAACUGCACAUUGUUAUCUUCCGAUUAAUGUGUAACCAAGUAAACCGAGUUUUGGAUUAUCAUCUCGGUGAGUUUAAUUUACCAUCUCAUAAACCUCCGACAAACUGUAAGAAAUGAAAAUAUAAAUUGUCAUUGGAUAACAUCUGUUUUCAUUCAUAUAGUUAUUUAAGUCGCAACAGUUGAAACCGAAUUUGCAAUGUACUAUGUAUAGGUUCUUUGUACACUUAUCAUGAAUUAUCAAUAUUUAGUUACGCAAAAAGUUAUGAAACUUUUAAUCACCAUUGUAUUAUUUAAUUCAUCUGAAACCUGUGUUAACUCUCGAAUUCAUCUGCGAUUGAUACAAAUUGAGAAUUUGUUUUUCAAGAUCAAACCAUUCUUUAAAU